CAUUUGAUGAUAUUGAAGUCACAUACAUUAUUUAUGUAUUAUAUGAGGAACAUGAAGUCAGCAAGAAACAAAAAAGAGACAAAAUUAAAAGACGACUUAGGGUCUAUCCUUUAAAUUUAAAAAGACCAAUGUUUACCAUCUCCCAAAAUGGUCAGUUCCAGGUGACAUUUAUGACCCUUCGUAGUUAUCCAGAAGAAUUCAUAAAAUAUUAUCGAAUGUCGAUAAGAUCUUUUGAUGAGCUGCUAUCGCUGGUUAGUCAAAAAUUUUCAAAACAGCACACUGGUUUGCGUAUGCCAAUACCACCGGAAGAACGUCUGACAGUGACAAUGAGGUAG